AGGAGAUGAUGGAGUGAGAGGAUUGUAUGUAGGUCUAGAGAAUAACACAUCACUAACGGAGUUGUGGUUGGCUUGUGAUAUGGAACAAGUAAGCGAAGACGUUUUGGCAAGAAAGAGACCGGAUUUGAAGCUGCAUAACAAGAUCCCUGAAACAUGGCCACUAUAUUCUCCUGUGGGUGAGUGUGUCACGUACAGUUUAAUGACACUGCUGAUGUUGUGUGCUAGUCCUAUGAACUUGUUAACCCUCAGUGCACAUGCGCAGCAAGGGUUACAGUACUUGGUUCGUAAGUGUGUCUAUCUGUCUGUCUGUCUGUUACCACGUUUUCUGCCACCACACGCA